ACACACACAACGAAAUGGAACUUGAGGACUUGAUGAUCGCAGCAGCCAUCGCAUUAGGCUUCAUCUCACUCUGCAAGAAUCUGCUCGCCUUUGCCCGAUGGCUGCAUCUCAUGUUCGUGAGGAAGCCGAAGAACUUGCGCAACUACGGCUCGUGGGCCGUUGUCACCGGCCCCACUGACGGUAUCGGGAACGCCCUGGCCUUUGAGCUGGCCUCCAAGGGCCUCAACCUCGUGCUUGUCGGUCGAAACCCCAAUAAACUCGAAGCCACCUCGGGCGAGCUGAGGCAGAGAUACGGCAAAACCAUCGAGGUCAAGACCGUGAUCGCCGACUUUGCAAAGCUGAGCGGAGAAGAGAUAGCAGCGGCGAUGACGGGAGCGACGGGAGGGCUCGACAUCGGGUUGCUCGUUAACAACGCGGGGAUGGCUUAUCCGUACCCGAGGUACUUUCAUGAGGUGGAUCGAGAGUUGAUGGACAGCAUGCUGAGAGUGAACUUGAAAGCAGUGGUGUGGGUCACAAAGGGAGUGAUCGACGGAAUGUUGAAGAAGAAGAGAGGAGCGAUCUUGAAUAUAGGAUCUGGUUCGAGUGUGUAUGUUUCUUCGUAUCCUCUUCAGACCAUGUAUGCAUCAACCAAAGCUUUUAUGGCAAUGUUCUCGAGGAGCAUUAGUCUUGAGUACAAGGAGCGGGGGAUUGAUAUUCAAUGUCAGGUUCCCCUUUUCAUAGCUACAAAGAUGACCAUGUUGAGGAGGCGUCCGAUGCUCGUACCGUCUGCUGAAAUGUUUAGCGGACCGAGCGUGCGGUGCAUCGGUUACGAGCACCAGUGCAACCCCUAUUGGUUACAUGCAGUGCAAGGGUUCGUGAUACAUGCCCUAGACACAAUCUUCAUUAGGUACGGUCAAAGCUACCUGAAAUGGAUGAGAAAGGAGGGGCUUGAACACGAUCGCCUUCUUUAGGUUGAAUAUGGCCAUGCACCGCAAGAAUUCUCGGGCGGCACCACCUUUGAUGUUGUGCGGCUAAUGUGCAUGGUCUAGUUAUGAGAGUUUGGGGUGAUGAGAAAGGGGGACCACCCUCUAAGCCUAAGUAUUCCUCAAUGAACGAUAUCGUAUAAGUACCUUGAGGUGAAGGUGAAAAGAAGUCUAUUUAGGGAGUGCAAUAUUUAUCUUCUGAUCAUGGUUGAACUUUUUAAAUUGAAAUUAUCUAACCCGUUGUGAGUUUUCAAUUAUUAAAAAGAAAACAUGAAAAGAAUUAUAAUCCA